CUACAAAUAUUGUCAGCCUACACACAAACAAUAUCUCUUCAUCCCACCAAAUCCUUUCACUUUUCUAUGCAAGUUCCAUCUCUUUAAAAUCAAACCCAAAUUUCCACCAAGAAAGGCACUCAGAUUGAGUGAAUAGUAAAUACCCAUGAAGGAAACAGGGAAAUCUGUGGAAUCAGAUCAAGAUUACACCAACUUCUGCCCAGAUUACAACUUGUAUUAUUCAUCAUCAUCAGGUGUUCCAUGUAAGAAACACCCAUCUUCAUCCCCAGUUGGAAUAUGUGCAUACUGUCUCAAAGACAGGCUCAUGAAGCUUGUGUGCUCUGAUUGUGGAGAACAGAGGCUUUCUUCAUGUUCUUGCUCUGAUGUGUCUUCCUACAGAAACUCAUCUUGCACUGUGGAUGUUGGAAGUGUUGGCAGGAUCUCGUUUUUGAUCGAAAAUGAGAAGGGGGGUAGUGGGGAUGAACAGCAGAAAACGCUUUUUUCACACAUAAAGCAGAUCAAGAAAAGGGAAACAGAGGAUGUGAUUCUGCUGAAAAGGAGCAAUAGUUGUGUUGUUGAGGUGAAGAAGAGCAAUGGGUUCUGGAGAAUUGGGAAGCUUUUCAAGAAGAAGAGAGAGAAAGAGGGCUGUAGAGAGAGAAACAGAGAUGGGUUUGAUGAUAAAAGUGAGAUAUGGGUGUCGGAUUGUGUGAUGGAUGUGUCAAGAUCCAGGUCUCUUUGUAGCUUUAGGGGCGGUGCCAAUUUUGAUCAUGAAGGUGGUAGUGUUAGUGACAUGGCUUAUUCAAGUGCAAAAAUCUCUGAUUUUAAUGAAUCUGAGCCAAGAAAGAGUGGAUUCAGAGGUGGUUUGAUGGAUUUUGAAAGUGGGUUUGCUGCAAAAGAGAGUGAAUUCAGCAGAAUCCAUGAUGAUUCAAGAUUUAUUGAUUUAAAGCUUGAUUUAUCAGAUGAAUCAAAACCAGAACACCCUGUUUUCAAGAACCCACCAGAUGGUGGUGGUGGUGGUGGUGGUGGUGGAUCAUCAUCAUGUAGAAUUACAGUGAAUGAUAGGGGGAUUAAGAAGGGAAGCAAAGGGCAUAGCAAGGUGUGGAAGUGGAUUUUUAAGCAACAUUCUGGGAAGAAAGAUAUGAAUCACAUAUUGGAAUCUUGAAGAUUGCAAAAGUCAAAGUAAAAGUCAACAGCUGGUUUAGUGUUUUUUUUUAGAGAUUUAAUAGAUGAAGAAUGUUAAUUGGUUGUGUUAGUGUGUCAUGUUGAUGUAAUUCCUUAUGCUUCAACUCAAUUUCUAGUGAAAAUCGUAUCAUAAUUUCAAC